GAUGCAAGUGAAAGUAUUCUAGCAUCAUCUUCAUCCCAUCUUUUCCUUUCUCCAAGAAAGCAAUCCUUCUCCUCCAUAGGGAUAUACCACCCCUUUAAGUUCUAUUGAGAUCUUUCUAGUUCCUACAUUUCAAUUCCUACCACAAUGAGAUCUUUAGCAGUAGUCGCUCUUGUUGCCUUAGGCCUUGCAGUUGCCCUACCUAGAAUGAAAAGACAAGCCUUCUUCUUACCAGAUGGCGUUGAACUCAUUGUAGGACCCAUCAACACCAACUUCAACUGCGAAGGUCUCCGUUACGGUUAUUACGCCGACGUGGACAACAACUGCCAGAUCUUCCAUGUCUGCCACCCAAUUGUCCAUGCUGACGGUAACCAAGAAACUCUCCACUACAGUUUCUUCUGCGGAAACCAGACGGUUUUCAACCAACUGACGCUGACCUGCGCCUUCCCUGAAGACGCUGUCCCAUGCCAGAACGCCAGAGAUUUCUACUACGUCAACGACAACAUCGGAAUUGAAGAUGCCCAAUUCUUGAGGGACGAAGAUGUUGCCAGGGCACAACAGCUCAUCCAAGGCAAGAAGAAAUAAGCUAACCAGGACCGGACCAUCAAUUCUAUCUCCUCCCAACUUCCUAUAAGAGUAUGGCUGCACAAUCAUGGUUAAGGUCUGGAUAUCAUUAUGGUUAUGUGAAGAUCUCAGAAAGACCACGUUCCAGGGACUAACAAGAACUCCCAGCUUCCGCUACAGGCCUAAGAACUGUUUAUUUUUCUUUCAUCAAGUGCUUAAGCCAUUUUCAGCGGACAAAUCGUCUGCUAUGCUGUUCUAAUACCGGUGGUUGGUUUCGUUGGGAUCUAUACCUGUGACUUUCAAAAAAUACCCGUUACUUAGGUUUCGUUACUAUGAAACGCACAUGUCUAUAACUACUACUUUUUUCUUUGUUGUCUAUUUUGUUAAUAUUUUUUUUACAUAUUUUAAAUAGAUUUUUCUUUUAAAUAUGUUCUACUUCAGUAGAAUACUGCCAUUUUCUUCUUACAAACAGACACUGCCAGUACUUAAUUUUUCUUUCUUUCGAUAUUGAGCUAUUGUUCUAUUGUUAACGGCUUUUUUUUUUAAUAUUUUGCAGCCAUAUCCUAGUCUUUGCCAAAUGAAUGUUUUUUUUUUUAAUUUUUUUUUUAUUUUUUCUCGUAAGCUUUCGGGGCGAUUCGAACUAUUUUACUAACUUAUCUCUUUAGCUCUAGUAUUUGUUACGUCUUUCAACUUUUUUUGUUCCUUUUUUUUUUAAAUGUACCUCUUGACGAAGAUCGCCACUGAUGUUAAUCAUCAACGUGUCCUGGUCUUUUUUUCUCUCAGCCCUAUGUUCUUUCGUGGUUUCGGUGUCUGAAGCGCAAAGCUUCUUUCUCAGUUGGCGAUAUAUCGCCAAAUGGUGCUGGUGCCCAAUCUCUAAAGUGCGCGAGUCUAUUACUUCUUGGAAGCCCCUAUGUAUAUAUACGUACAUUCUGUAGUAUAAAACUGUUGUAUAUGUUAUAUAUUAUAUAUAUUAUUGUGAUAAAUAAAGCAAGCAUUUUGAAAGA